AUGUUGAACCUUCUUCCUACUCUUCUUACUGUUGCGAGCAUCGCCUCCAGCGCUUUCGCAGUUCCAGUUGUUAAGGUUGCCAACUCGGGUAUCGCCUCAGCGAUCCCUGAUCAAUAUAUCGUCGUCUUUAAGAAUGGUGUCACGGACUCUGCCACCGAUGCCCAUACUCGCCGCAUCAGCUCAUUCCAUUCGACAAUCGAAGCGAGAGACCCUAAGGGAAGGAAGGGCAGGAAGACCCGUGGUCUUCAUAAGAAGAUCAAUGUUUCGGGAAGGUCAAAGUUUAGGGGUUACACGGGAGAGUUCGACAAGGCCACACUUCAAGAGAUUCUCAAGUCCCCAGAAGUCGACUAUGUUGAGCAGGAUGCCGUGGUCAAGGUCAACCUUGAUGGUAUCCCAACUGAAGACCUAGCCGAGGAAUCAACCGAGGAGUCCGAGUCUAAUAACCUUGAGAAGCGUGUCUACCGAUCCGAUUCUACAUGGGGUCUCGAUCGUAUCUCUCAUUCAAACCACAAGGCACCAUAUCGGUAUUACUACAAUGACGCAUGGUCUGGCGAGGGUGUUACCGUUUAUGUUAUCGACACAGGAAUCAAACGGGAGCAUACUCAAUUCGGUGACAUGUACACCGGAAAGACCAGAGUCCGAUGGGGAACCAAUACUAUCGAUAAUGACAACACUGAUGGCGCUGGACACGGAACCCACUGCGCCGGUACUAUUGGUGGCUUAACUUAUGGUGUCGCUAGAAAAGUCAACCUCGUUGCAGUCAAGGUUCUUGAUAAUGACGGAUAUGGAACUUGGUCCAGUGUCAUCGAGGGAAUCAAUUGGGUCGCUAAGGAUGCCAAGUCAGGCUUUUCCGUCGCUAGCAUGUCUCUUGGCGGCGGAAAAUCCACAGCUGUCAACCAAGCUAUCAAUGCUUUGCACAAUGCCGGUGUUACUGUCGUUGUUGCUGCUGGAAAUGAGAACGAUGAUGCCAAAAACUAUUCUCCAGCUUCUGCAGAAAAGGCUAUUACUGUCGGUGCCAUCGACGAAAAAGGAAAGGUCGCCGAUUUCUCUAACUACGGAAGCACAGUUGACAUCCUCGCUCCCGGUGUCAACAUUCUCAGCUCUGUCAUCAGCUCUAAUACUGCCUCCGAUUACUACACGGGUACCUCCAUGGCUACUCCACAUGUCGCUGGCCUCGCCGCAUACUACAUCAGUAAAUCAAUCAACGAAAACAACAAGGGUGUUACUCCAGAUGAAAUGAAGAACCUUCUCCUUGAGAGGUCUUGGGGUGUUGCUGAAAGCAGUCUGGGUAGCUUCCUCCGCAAGGCCGCCCCCAAAAUCGCUGGAAACGGCUACUGCCCCACCGGCAAUAUUAAGUGUGACUUCCAUUAG